AUGGACGAAGCUGAUGACUCGGUGUUCUCCCACCGGCAACUGGCUGCGCUGCAUGAGGUCUACAGCCGCCACGCGCGCGUGGGCCCCGACGGCACCGCCGAGCUGGGCCUGGAGGAGUUCCGGGCACUGGCGCGGGCAGAGGGCUUGGUGCUGGAAAACGCGGAAGAGCUGUUUGUGGCGCUUGCGGGGAGAUCAGGGGCUGAAGAGACCGUGUCCUUCGAGGAGUUCUGUUGUUGGAUCAAGGAGAAGGGUGGCAAGGACUGGGAGGCUCUGGCCAAGGACGUCUCAAAGAAACAACAUAUCGCAGAUGCCUGGGCCGGUGCCGCUCGCAUGUUGGUCAGCGCCCUGCGACCCCUAAGUGGCCUGGCACUGGUGCAAGUACUUCUGGCCUUUAAGGUGAAAGUCUUGGGCUUUGGAAAGCUUGGCUUGUUGCUUUUGAAGAAGGGGAUGUUCUUCUGCAAGGCAAAGGCUGCUUUGUCCCUGGAAGCCUCCAUCAAGAAUCCCGCAAGGCUCUUCCGACGCCAGGUCUUUAGCCCUUUGGACGACUUCCGACAUCCCCUGGGAAUCAUGGAGGGUCUGCGGCGGGAGGCGCGUGCAGGAGGUGUGCGUGGCCUUUCCACCAAAGCCAUGGCGCCCUAUGCAGUGAAUGCUGGUAUUGCCGUGGCCAUGUUCCACACGUACACUACUGUGAGGCUCUACCUGCAUGGCCUUGCGGCUGAACACCCAGCGCUUGACGAGCAGCCCUUGCUCUGUGACGCCCUUGCAGCCACGGCGGCAGGUUCAGUGCAAGCCACUCUCCAUACGCCCCUCUACAAUGUGCGCUUGGGUCGGGACGAUCAGAUUGCCGCCAUGAACAUCGGGGGACAUCGGGGCUUAUUCAAGCGAUUGAGGGAGCUUCACGUUCGUGCUGGGCUGAAAGGAUGUUUUCAAAACUAUCCCUUCGUGGUGGCGCAGGAGGUCUGUAGUUUGAUUGGCUUCUUCACCAGCUACGAGUAUUUCAAGCAGAAGACCACCACCUAUGUGCGGCACCAUGUGGAUGAUUCUGGAGAUCGGGAUCUCUAUGCUUGGGCCAUGGCCGCAUGUGGCUCUGGGGUCUUCCUGGCCGCAGUGGGCACGCCCUUUGAAAAUCUCCUCACGUGGCAUGUUGCACGGCGCGAGAAAGCGAAGUCUAAGAGUUGCCUGGACUCAAGAACAUUGAUUUGGGGCUUCUUUUUGUUAUAA